AUGGCCAUCGACAUGAAUGUUCAUGAGCUUCUGGUUAUUGGAGACUCAGAUUUGUUGAUUCAUCAGGUUCAAGGAGAAUGGGUCGUGAAGAACCCAAAGAUCACACCAUACAUGCAACAUACUCCCAGAACACAAAAUGAGUUAGCCGAUGCUCUUGCCACCAUCGCAUCAAUGAUUAAGCAUCCGGAUACAAGUUAUAUUGAUCCAGUGGAUAUAGAGGUAAAAGAGCAGUCUGUCCAUUGUUCACAUGUUGAGGCAGAAUCAGAUGGUUUACCUUGGUAUUUUGACAUCAAGAAGUACUUGGAGACCAGAAUUUAUCCUGAGAAUGCAACGUUCAACUAG